GGCUCGAUCGAAGAUCCGUCAGUUCUGAUGUAAUCUAAACACAUGGCGACUGUGAGGCCACUUAACCUAAGUGUAGCGGCUGUCGAAGCUAAAGAUUUAGAAGUAUCCUACGGAAUCAAGGCUAACAGGGUCAAAAUUUUGAAUGGUAUCGACUUGGAUGUACGGAAAGGAUCUAUUUAUGGAUUACUAGGACCGAGUGGCUGUGGCAAGACAACAUUACUAAGAUGUAUAGUUGGCAGGGUGAAACCAGAUCAAGGUGUUGUCAAAGUAUUUGGUGCCGUACCCGGUUCAUCUGGUUCCUCUAUACCUGGUCGAGGUGUUGGCUAUAUGCCUCAGGAAAUAGCCCUAUAUAAAGAAUUUACAAUUGUGGAUAUUCUUACUUAUUAUGGUAACUUAUAUGGACUGGAGAUGAACUUCAUUCUCGAUCGAAUCGAUUUUUUAGUCAAAUUUCUGGAUCUUCCUGAUAAAACUCGUCUUAUAAAAAAUCUCAGUGGUGGUCAACAACGUCGAGUUUCUAUCGCGGUAGCUUUGAUCCAUCUCCCUCCUCUUUUGAUAUUAGACGAACCUACUGUUGGAGUCGACCCCCUUCUGAGACAAAAUAUAUGGAAUCAUCUCGUAGCGCUUUCGACUAAUCAGAAAAUGACAAUCAUCAUUACAACACACUACAUUGAAGAAGCCAGGCAAGCUAAUAUGGUAGGACUUUUAAGAAGAGGGCGCCUGUUGGCCCACGCCGAUCCCGAGACCUUAAUGAAAGAACAUCACAUGAAUACGCUGGAAGAAGUAUUUUUAAAAUUAUGCCAAAAAGAUUUGGAAACUAGCGAUGGAAAUUCAACUGCCAUCGAAAUGAAUAAUUUAGAAUACAGUAAUACACCAGAAACUCUACAGGUAAUAAGUACCGUAAUUACUCGUUGUCAAUGGUGUAGGCUACCUCAGAGUCGGUCACUGACACAGGCAUCUCAGCCUCAAGAACGGGCAGCUCCACAUCACUUUGAAGCCGCCUCUGUUCUUCGGUAUUGUCAGACCGCUCAUCACAUGGAAAAUGCGAGCAGAGCAGCACCUGAAACAAUUCCUCCUAUGUGGAGAUUAGGUUUAUUACUAAUACAAGUAUUCUUACCCGCCAUCCACGCUGCAUUAUUUUGCAUUUGUGUUGGAAGAGAACCGUUCGAUCUUAAAAUUGCUGUUAUCAAUAACGAAAUAGGUGACCACAUGGGAAAAGAAUUUCUUGGUCUCUUGUCUAGUAAAACAGUUAAAAGAAUGGAAUAUAAUAGUACAAGUGCUGCAGUCGAACACGUCAAAAAUGGGAAAGUGUGGGCCGCCAUCAGCGUGGACGAGGAUUUUACAGAAUGUUUAUUUGAAAGAAUUCAACUUGGAAUCGCAGCAGAUGAGGAGGUCAUUGAGUGUAGCACAAUUACCAUCGAUAUGGAUAUGUCCAAUCCAUCAGUUACUUAUACCUUAUUCAAAGCUUUCCUUGAUGCCUUCCAGAAGUUUGCUCAUGACGCCAUAGAAAAAGCUAAACUUAAUCCUUCGCUUUUGAAACUCCCGUUACAAUUAAAUCCUAUUUAUGGAUCACUUCAUCCCAACUUUACAGAAUGUAUCUUACCUGGUGUUGUUCUCAUUGUUAUAUUCAUAAUGGCAGAAGCAUUGACAGCUUUGUCACUAGUUAGUGAAAAGAGAGACGGAUUAAUGGAAAGAGAUUGGAUUGCAGGUGCAACGGAAACUAACAUUAUCCUUGCUCUCGCAAUGACACAGUUCAUAGUUAUGGUAGUACAAGUGGGAUUCUGUCAUUUUAUGAUUUUAGUUUUGUUUGCGGUGAAGUUGAGAGGAUCAUUUUUUCUUCUAUGGUUGCUCACCAUCUUACAAGGAGCUUGUGGGAUGACUUGUGGUUUGGCAAUUUCAACAGUUUCUAAUAAUGAAAAUACAGCCAUUAUGCUGCUGUUAGGAAACUUUUUUCCGAAUUUCUUUUUAAGUGGGAUUGUUUGGCCAGUUGAAGCCAUGCCAUAUGCACUGAGAUAUGUCAGUUACACAAUGCCUCAGACAUUUGCAGCAGAAGCCAUGAGAUCAUUGUUUGCAAGAGGAUGGGGUUUCGGUCAUGACGUCAUAUGGAAGGCAUUUGCAAUCACAUUUUUUUGGACUCUGUCUUAUUUGAUUUUCUCAAGAAUGAGUUUGAAUGUGAAAAAAUAGUUUUCAUGGUGCUCAGAAAAUUUCUUUUGUACUUAUUUAAUAAUGUUAUAAAUUUCUAUUAUUAAA